AUGGAGAGGGUGAACAUCGAACCUUGUGUGAAGAUGGACACUCCAAACCUUGAUCUUUUCAAGAUAAGAGAUGAUGUUACAUGGUAUCUAAGGAAGCUUGGCUUGAGCAAGCUUUUCAAAAUAGAGUGCAGCGAAUACUCAUUGCUUACUAAGGAGUUCCUCUCCACAGUCUAUCUAGCCUUUCCCAACAACAAUGGAGACCAACCAGCUGCAAUUCGCUAUGUGCACCGCCUCAUCUCAAGCACCUUUCAAUGCAAGCAAGAAGCCAACAAAGUCACAACUGAUGAGUUCUACAUCCUCACCACGCCAUUCAUCAAGCAUGAACACAAGGCCAACCUUGGUCUUUUGUUUGCAAAGACACUCAUCAAUGUGAGGCAUCUAGCUCAAGACUUGGAAAGCAACAAGAAGCUUUGUGUGCGAUUUGGGAGACUCAUCACAGCCAUAGUGCAGCAUGUGGGAAUCACCAUUCCCAACUAUGAGCCACUACCCAACCCAACCCCAUUGGAUCUUCAUGCCCUUCAGCAAAUUCACUUCCUAAACCACAUUCCAAGCCUUACGCUCAGGUGUUGUCACUUUCCAACCCAAGGAGGAAGACUUCUACAUCCCAUCAAGAGAGAACCAUCACUUCCCAUCCUCACAUACCGCACACUUCAGCGCACAGUCAAAGCUCAACGCCGCCACCAAGAACGCCAUGUUCUCAGCACUGGAAUGGCAGCAAACCAAGCCCUAGACCGUGUGAGCAAGCUGGAGAAGAUUGUGGAGUGCCAAUCACGUUUCAUCUCACGCUUAGUUCGUGUAGUCCGCCACAUUGCACCGGAGAGACUCUUUCGCCCUUCUCUCACUGCUAGAGAACCAUAUGAGUCUGACCUUGGUGAGUUCUCACUUGACUUAGAGCUUGGUUCAGAAGGCGACGACCACAUAGAAGAGGAAGAGAGUUCUUCUCACCGCCACACAUAG